ACGGUGGCAGUCCUCGAUCUAUCGUCCAAUAUUUCGUACAGAUGUCGCAAGUGCGACUUACGCAUUUCGCCAAAAUGGCCUCCUCUAAUCGAUCUAAUUUGCGCGCGAUUCUAAUAUUGUACGUAAUCAAUAUAGUUUUCAAUCAAUAAAAAAGAAAAAACCGACUCGAUGACUCGAGUGACACGUAGCUUUGAUUCAUUUUCAAGCAGCGUGACUCGACCGGCGGGACGCCAUCUCUAGUUCGCGGCGGGCAGUGCGCGGACGGUGCAUGUGUCAUUCGCGUGUCAUUCUCGAGGCACGAUUGAGUGUAACGGUCUGUCAUUUCUCCGGUGCCCGUUGUUUAACCAAAUCCGUCGGUGUUAUGACGCGCGUUACGACGACCCGUCCGGCGUGAAUCCACGAGAGGUCUCGAAGAGAUGGGAGACACCGGGAGCGACGAGGUGCAGCCUCUGGUGCAGCCAGCUACGGAGACGAGCAAGUCGGCGCAAACGCUCGAGAAUCAUAACCACAACAGCAGCGGCAGGAUUCGCAGGAGGAUCGUAACCGAGGAGUCCGCGGAGACGGCGAAUCUUCCGGCCAAGGAGGAAAACGGGGUGAUCGAGUCGCGUGAUAAUGUGCCGCUGGUGAUUCUGUCCGACUCGACGAAAGCGUGGUUUGACGACGACGUGCCGCGGAUAUCCGCUGACGUGGUCGGUAAACAAAACCGAGUGUCGAGCCGCGACGAUUCGGACAGCAGUGAUGCCGCCGAAACGGACGACCCGCUGACGAGCCGCGAAAAGACGAAGAUAAGCGUUAUCCGCGGCAGCAUCGCCAAUCCAAAUCUCACCUUGGGCGAGCUGAGACGACUCGGCUGUAGCAGCGAAGGCUUCGUCACUGAUGAUGUACGAAGGGUUCUGUGGCCAAAACUCUUGAGACUAGUGCAAGAGGAUUCUGUACCAGUCGAUGGAUUAGAAACUAUACAUACUUGCAUACCAAAUGAGGUUUAUCAACAGAUAUUGAAGGACGUGGCACGUAGUGGCAGCCACAUCUCACAAAAUGCAACGGAAGAAGAAACCGAGAGUUUCCAAGAACAGCUGACACAACUUAUGUGUUGGGUACUUCACAGGCAUUCCCGAUUAAAUUACUACCAGGGAUACAAUGAUGUAGCAGCAACUGUAUUGCUCGUGAUGGGAUUACAAGCGGGCUUAUAUGUGCUGGAAAAAAUGUCACUAGCAUUCCUAGAGAGAUUCAUGGAGGAAACCAUGGAAAAGGUCAAUCAGGAAUUAUUCUACAUAUUUGCAUUGUUGGAGCGAGUUCAUCCAACUUUACUGGAACAUUUAGAGCAUGUAGAACUGUUUCCACAUUUUGCUCUGGCUGAAUAUACAACAUGGUACUCACACAAGUAUGCGGAAAACAGGAAAUUGUUGCACAGAUUAUUCGAUUAUUUUCUCGGCAGUCCUCCCCUCAUGCCUCUCUAUCUGAGUACAGUAAUUGUGGCACAUAGAGCUACGGAAAUUUUCAACACCACGCCCGAUAUGGGACAUACGCAUAAAGUAUUGUGUACGUUACCCGAUGACUUGCCAUUCGAGACACUUUUGAUGGAAGCGACCAACUUGUAUCGACAAUACCCUCCCGAAUCCAUCAGUAAUGAUGUCAAGGAUUAUGAUCACAAGAGAAAAAUUAAAGAACAAGAAUGGAAGGCACUAGCGGAAGCAAGUCGACAGGAAAGAGAGAGACAACGAAAGUUAAAAGUUGCCCUGUCGAAACCAAGGAUAUCUUAUCGCAUAAAAAGUUACAAAACCAUCACCGUCGUGACCAUAUUAGCUCUGGGAUUAUAUGCUUUCAUAAAAACCUCGGGAAUCAACUGACGUUAAGAGAAAUCUUUCACCUAUCGUGAAAGUCGAAUUUUUAAUAUCUUUUGUAAAGCGAAGACCUUGGCACAUCUUUGAUACGUCACUGAAAGAAGUUUUCAAAAUGUUAAGUCAUUCAGUAGGCGGACUUUACCAAAGUAAUGGACGCGUGAGAAAUAUAUAUAUAUAUAUAUAUAUAUA